AAAUCAUAUUAAAUGUUUUAUACUAUUCUCUUGUAAAAGGGACCCUCUGAGUCUUGUGUUUAAAAAAUCUUUUACAGACUCAAUAGUUUGAAUUGAUUAAUACUAAUUUAAUCUUACACAUUUUCCAGAAAUAAUGUAACAAUACUAAUAACCUAUAUUCGUUGGCAGGGCGACUAGUAGGCUUCAUCCUUUUAGGGACAAAGCAACAUAAGGCCUAUAUAUUUCUUACUAAUGAAGAUUCAUUGUAUGCAUGCGUUCAGUUAUCGAUACAUUAGGUAGACCUAGAAUUGGAUGCCCCUCAUAUGAUAUAAGCCUAAUUGUAUAGAAAUGCCUGAGCCGAUUUUAACACCCAGUCCGCCCCUGAAUUGAAGUAUAGUGAUUAGAUCUAGAUCUAGACUAGUCUUAGUGUGAGUCUUAGUCUAGAGUCCAGUCUAGAUCUAGAUCUAAGUUUUUAAAAAGAUAUUUAAUAAAUGAAUGCAUUUUUUUUUUCUAGAUUUAGAUCUAGAUCUCUAGACCUAUAUGCCUAUAUGGUAUCUAUAGUAUCAUAAUUAUGAUAUAGGUAAUCUAAUCAUUAAUCAUCCUUUUAGUCUGUUGAACUGUUGGGGCACCACACAAGAUCUGUCGACCAUCUUUCUACGGUCGUCUUUUGCCUUGAAUAUAAUCUCUUGCAAUGAUUGGCCCAUUCAUUCUUUAAUCUCUGCCUCUUAGUCUUCAUACUGUUUCCAGAAGGAAUGUCUUUGUUAGCUCUGAGGACCUUAUGAUAAGGCCAUAAAGUUUUAGUAUGCAGUUUUUGACAGUUGUCAGCAGGUCAUCCUGGGGCCCAGUUGCCGUUUUAAUCCUGUUUCUUAUAGCUAGGAUCCUCCUCUCUAGUUCUGCAGUUAGCGUCUAAGAUUUGCAAGCAUACAAGAAUGUGGCCAUGUGCUUUACAACUAAGCCACCAUGCUCCCUCCCCAAUUCCCAUUUAUAUCCUCUCAGAAACAUUUCACUCAGGCACACGGUAUUGAGGCUGGAAAGUAUUUUCCAGCUUGCAAGAUACUGUGUAUUUAUUAAAAUGAGCAGACUAGAGAAAAACAUUUCUCAGCCAGUCAAAUGGGAUGCAGUUGUGUUGACAUGCACCAACAAGAAGUGGACAAGAACUUUACAACAAGAGUUGGAGUUUGCAUAUGCUAAAGGUUAUUUUGGUAAAGAUGUUAUCCAUCUAGUAGUGGAGGAUCCAAAAUCUCACGUGGGCAGUGGAGGAGCAACACUGAAUGCAUUGGUCACUGUUGUGGAAUACAUGAGUGCCAAAAGAGGUUUUACGGCGAUCAAUGCUGAUGUUCUUCAAGGAGCAAGAAUAUUGAUUUUACACACAGGUCGGCGCUAUACUUAUGAAGCUUGUAGUCGUCCAUUUGUUACCCUUCCAGCUGUGCGAGAAAAUACAGACUAUGAUGGUCUUGUUUAUAAUUUUGAUUUAAUCUACUCAAUCAUUUCACUCAAGCUAGGUGUGUUCUCUGGGCCAGGAGUGUGGGUAUGCAGUACUGACAUGGUGUUAUCAGUUCCUAACUUCCCAGAUCUUGAAAGAGCAUUUGAAGAUUGUGAUGUCUGUGCAGUCACAAUCCCUAUGGCUCCUAAAUUACUUAAAGAUCAUGGUGUUUACAAACUUGACCCUAAGGGUUAUAUUACCGACAUCUUGUACCAGCCAGACACAACAAUGCUAGAUCAAUGCCUUAGACAUGACAAUACAGUACCUGCUGUUGUUGGUAUUGUUUAUCUGUCAGAACGAGUUUCAGAAACUCUCUUGUCAUUUUAUUCUAAGCCUCCACUUGAUGCAUGUACAUACAUGGGUGUGGACAGUGGCCAGCCAGAACUAAAGCUGUCAUUAUUUUUUGAUGUUCUUCUGGCCAUGACAUCAGAAGUGUCUGAAGAAGACUUUGUCAGGGGACAGCGAAGUGGUCCCUUUGGAAAACCUCUUCCUCAGGUGUCCAAGAACUCUCGAUUCAAUAUGGAGUAUGCCAGGCAGAUGCUGUGGAAUGAGCUUCAUGGAUUUCGUAUAAAAGCCUGUGUAAUAGAGAAUGGAAGCUUUAAUUACCUGACUCACACUGCAACAGAACACAAAAAAUUACUGCUCAACUUUCCAGAAACUAAUGGUUUAGGAUUCACUUGGACUUCAAGGGCUCAUUUGUAUAUGGAGCCAACAUGCUCUGUCAGUGACGAAAGUGUAGUCAUUAAUUCCAUUCUCUCUGGAGAUGUCACUGUUGGUGUCCGAACGUCCAUCUCACAUUCUGAACUGUGUGGCCAGAUUAAAGUUGGCAAAGACUCUUUAAUAUCAGGACUUAAUGUAGAUUGCCAAAAGACCAAACUUAAAGGAAUAGAUCUACCAGACAGUGUGGUAGUCCAGGGUUUCAAUGUUCAUAUCAAGUCUCUAGAGAUGUCAUAUUAUGUCUACACUGUACAUGGCAGAUUUGAUGAUAUAAAGGCUCCUUCAUGGAAAAGUAAAGGGACAUUCUGCAACCAGCCAUGGUUGCUCUUAUUAGACAGAACAGGAAUUAUUAGAGAGGAAUUGUGGGAUUCAGAUAUGGCAGAUGAUAAACAAACUAUUCUGACAGCCAAACUGUUUCCUGUGUUCCACAUGACAGAAUGUGUUGGUCUUAAAGAAGUCUUGUGGCUGAUUGGUACCUUACAUGAUGACAAGGAUAGGACUAUUUUAAAAAGGUGGAGAGCUUCCUGGAGACUAUCAUUAUCAGACAUUUUGGAUCAUGUAGAUUUGACAGCAGAAUUUGCCUGGAAGAGAAAACUAUUUUUUAAGAUUGGUGAACAGCACUUGAAGAGAACUCUUGAGACUCAAGGUCAUGAAGGUUUCUGUAACCUUCACAAUAGUGCCAGUGUUGAAGGUUACACAGAGUCUGUCUUACAGAUGCUAGAUAAAGUGGCUAGUGAAACAAAGUCACCUGGAAUAGCUGCCAGAACGUUGGCCAACAUCGCUGAUGUGCUAGGGGGGAUGGCCAAAGGUCAGGGUGGACUCCGAAGUGGCCCUGCAGGGAAUGUGGCCUGGAAAAAAGCCUUCACUUACCUUGAGGCUGAUGACUUUAGUCAUGGAGUCUCAGCUCUAGCUAAAGAACGAGAGAAAUGGAUGAGCCGGCCUGACUUAUUGAUUCGAGCUGCCAGGCACUAUGAAGGAGCUGCUCAAAUUCUCAUACGACAAGCCGUCAUGACAGCCAAACAGUUCUUCACUACCGGUGAAGGAACAUUACCUCGAAUGAACAAGUGGGUCCAGGCAGAUUGUCCAGCCCGUAUAGAUGUCUCAGGGGGUUGGUCAGACACACCUCCUAUAACCUAUGAACAUGGUGGCGCUGUGACGAUGGUAGGGCUUUUAAUCAAUGGGAAGAGGCCAAUUGGAGCAAAAGCAAGAAGAAUUCCAGAAUGUAUCAUACGUCUGACAGUGAUCAAUGAAAAUGCCAGCGACACAAAUGUGGAGUGUCACACAUUAGCUGACCUGGAGGACUAUUGCCAGCCCCACGCCCCAGGAUCACUGCUCAAGGCGGCCAUCAUCUGUGUUGACCUUGUUGACAUUCACUCCAGUGUUUCCCUGACCCAGCAACUGAAGGACAACUUUGGCUGUGGCUUUGAGGUUCAGUCCUGGUCUAAUUUACCCCAUGGAUCUGGAAUGGGCACAAGUUCAAUUCUUGCUGGGGCAGUUCUAGCUGCCAUACUGACAGCUGCAGGAAAGAGUUUUGAUACCACUGGUCUCAUUCAUGCAGUUUUAUACCUAGAGCAGUUGCUUACUACUGGUGGAGGCUGGCAAGAUCAGAUUGGUGGUCUAGUAGGUGGUAUUAGGCUGGGCCUGUCAGAGGCCAAACUUCCACUGAAGGUUGAUGUUGUGGACCUUCAAGUCAGCAAAGACUACAUCCAUAGGUUCAAUGACCAUCUAGUCCUCAUCUACACUGGGAAAACCAGACUGGCACGAAAUCUACUCCAGGAUGUUGUCAGAAACUGGUAUGCUAGGAAUCCACAUAUUGUGAACACUGAAGAUGCUUUAGUUAAACUUGCCCAAGAAUGUGCUAAUGGCUUUAUUGAUGGUGACCUGGAGUGUGUUGGCAAGUGUGUUGGUCGCUACUGGGAAAUGAAGAAAAGGAUGGCACCAGGCUGUGAGUCUAUGACCAUUGCAACCAUCAUGACUGUACUCAAACCUUAUAUGUAUGGUAUGUGCAGUGCAGGGGCUGGAGGUGGUGGUUUUAUUUAUGGUAUUAUGAAAGAACCUCGAUGCCAUGAAUUCAUCAAAGAAAUUCUGUACAGACAAGAGGGACUUGAAGCUGUUGUCUAUGAUGCCUGUGUUGAUGAGAGUGGACUAACCAUAAGUAUAGAGGAAUAGUGUACAUGCUUACAGCUCUGCAGCUGAUAUAAACUAGCAUGAGAAAAAAACAAUUUUUAGAGAGCAAUAUUGUUAUGGAGGAUCAGUUUGUUUGUUUUUUAAUUCUGAAAAAAAAAUUUAUUUCAAUAGUUGAUCACUUCUCACUUGGUUUAAUAUUUUUUUAAUCAGAGUUUCUAAAUCAUAACCUUUUUUUUUUAAAUCCAACAUGUUUGCAUUUUUUUUUAUAUCCUAGGUGUGAAGUAAAUUAUAACUGUUCAGAAUGUGUUAUAUAACGAAUUUUUUGGCUAGUAUAACUUUUCUUUUAUAACUACCUUGGAGUAUUCAUGUAAGUUAUUAUUUUUCAAUUUUAUUCUAUUGUAGUUUCUUAUUUAAUAGAACCUUCAGUAUUUUCUCUUGAUUCAUAUUUUUUUUACAUUUUCUUUUUAUAUUUCAAACAAGUCUUUGUUUUUUAAUUAUUUUUUUUUAUUUCAUAAAAAUUGAAGACAUUUAAUUAUAGAAUGAACAUGCACUACUGAAAUUUUGUUAAAAUUUAGUAAAUUACAAUGUUCAAACUUUUGUUUCUAAUCAGGAAUUAGCUAUUAAUCAUAAUCCUUUAAAGCUUUAAUAAAAUAUAAAUAUUUUUAUUAAGCUUUUAAUUUUAAUUUUAUUUUAUAAUAAUGCACUGUAGUCUUUGGUAUAUCAAAAAUGUUGGUAUAUCAAAAAUGUCUGUAAUAUUUAUGGCUUUUGCAUUUUUUUAAUAUUAUUAUUUUUAUCAAUGUUUUUCACAAACUAAACCUAUCAUUUGUAUUGUACACAUAAACAGUCUCCACUGGUGGAACUGUUCUCUCUCCACUGGUGGAACUGUUCUCUCUCCACUGGUGGAACUGUUCUCUCUCCACUGGUGGAACUGUACCUUCUCCACUAUCUUCCUAUCUUCUGCACUCCACUCAUUUAAUAUUUUCUUGUGUUGAUUCUGACCAUUGAUCCAUUUUCAUGUACGAAAUUGGUCAUUAACUACAGUGCCUGUUUUGAACUAUGAACCUCAUGACCUGUCAUCUAAGCAUGCCUUAUAAUGAAUAAUGUGUUUUGUUCCAGUAAUAAAUAGUAAAAAAAAUUUAAGAAGGUGGUAAAGAGUGCCAAAACCAAAAGUAUUGAAUGAUUCAAAUGUCUGUAAUUAGAUAUUUUACACCUUAUGUUGCUAAGCAAGAUCCUUCUACCACUAGUAUUUUAAUUGUACAGAAUGAGUCUGAAAUUUGGUCUGUGUGUUCAGUUUUAGCAGAUGAUUAUUAAAGCCUAAUUGUGACAAUGGACUUAAAGAAUAUGAUUCAUGACAAUAAAUGGCUUAAUUGCACUAAUUGUACAUGCUUUUUUUUUCCUAUCCCCAUAUUCCCAAGUUUGAAUUUAAACCAAGAAAGGAGCAUGUCAUAGAGUUUUAUGUUCAAAUGAAAGCAAAGUGAAAGUAUUAAUUAAAUAUAAAAAACUCAAAUGUUGAGUCCAUCACCACUAGCUGACUAUUAUUAUUUUAUAUUCUACACCAUUUUAAUGAUGAACAUGCUGCAUCAUGGGAAACUUGUUGCUGCGUCAAACAAUGGAAUCUUGUUAAAAUUUGUGGCAAAAGGUAAACAAGAAUUUAUCGUCUGCUCUGGCCAAAAAUUUUGUUACAGAUAAAACAGGUGAACUCUACAUCACUUGCAUACUAAAGAGUUUGGGUUUUUUUUUGGCUGAACAUAUGUAUGGGAUAUUAUGUGGGCAUAUUCAUUCAAAGAAAAGUUUGUUUGUUUGUUUUUUAUAUAAUUGGCAAUUCUCUUUGUAUACUGGUGUAUAAUUUUCAACAUUCUGAUAAAAGUACAAAAUGAUAUUUAUUAUGAAUUGGUAUAUUGUUGACACUCUUGAUAUUUAUAAAUUGUGGAUGUGAUAUGUUGUCAUUCUUAGAUGUAUGCCUUGGUAGUCUAUUGCUGUAUGCAUAUGAUAUCAAUGGUAUUAUCAAGACACAUACAUGUGUAAAUAAAUAUAUUGAGCUAUUCUUUAGUUUGGUUGAUCAUAUGUGUGCAGCAUUUAUUGUAUUACUUCAUUGAGCUCUGAAUAAAGCUUUUAAAUGCUAUUA